AUUUGUUGGCAUCUCAAAAGAUGAUUAUCAAACAAGAAAAAAGUCAGGGCACUGCUGACAAAAUCAAGGCUGCAGCAGUGAGUGGUGCCAAAGGCCUCAGUCAUGCUCAGGCUGCUCGAAAUGUUAAUGCUAAUGGGAAAAAGGAAGAAGGGCCUAGCAGACAGCAGGAGAAAAGGGAAGCAAAGAGGCAGAUGAGUACGGAGAAGGCGGGUGAAAGGAAAGACAAGGCAUCUAUUUCUACUACAAUGGCUACUUCACAGUGCCAAAAGUGUUUCCAAGCAGCGCAUUGGGCAUAUGAAUGCAAGAACCCGAAACUGAGGAUGAAGCAUAAGAACCCGAAACUGGGGAUGAAGCUUUCCAUCUCUAUUGAUUUAGACAUCCCUGAUGGAAAGGAUAACAAGGACGACGAUAGGUCUAAGAAAAGCAAAAGGAAGUAUCCCUCGGAUUCUGGUACCGGUAUUGCCUUGUCUGUUACGGGAUCACAAUAUUCAACUGAGGGGAGUAGUACGGAUUACACCUUAUCGUCAGAGUCGGAGGAAGAGAUGAUCAGGCCUUGGAGGAAGGGGAAGCGGAAGAAGAUAGUAAGCUCAUCUUCCGAGUCAACUUCGGAUUCUGAUUUCUGA